AGCCUGCAGGCAGGAGCAGAGAGUGAGUUACUGGACAGAGGGAAAGUGAAGUGACGCUUUCGUUUGGACGUAGCUGUCGAUUUGAACCCAGCCUUGCAUACGGUCAUCGACCUCUCAGGCCGCUGAGCUGUGCCGUCCCGACAUGUCCACAGAGUUGGAGCAGGCCUUCCGGCCGGACACCCAGCUGACCGAGGUGAUGCGCCUGCGGGCUCAGUCUCUGCAGCAGCGAGGCCAGAAGAGGCAGGAUGGCGAGCGGCUGCUGCGGCCCAACGAGGCCGUGUACCGACUGGACUUCACCAAACAGUCGCUCAGAUUCUCACAUUGGACGGUGCGGCUGCCGGCGGUGGGACACCUCACCAUCACGGCCACCUCGCAGCUCUGGACGCCUGACCUCACCCACCUGAUGACGCGUCAGCUGCUGGAGCCUGCUGGGGUUUUCUGGAGGUCGCCGGGUGAUGCCAGCGAUGCGCCCGUCCAGUGCUACGAGGCCGAUUCUCACGAGUUUGGCGAGAGAAUUGCAGAACUCGCCAAGGUAAGGAAAGUGAUGUACUUCCUGUUUGCGUUCGCAGAAGGCUGCAGCCCAGAGACUCUCGACUGCUCCAUCAUCUUCACAGUGGACAAUUAAAAGUGGGAAAUCCCUAAAAAACCUGGACAAAUACUUGCAACAGACUCUUCUUCUGUACUUUGUGGUUGUGAACUUGUAGUUGACGAAGUGAAUUUCAGGUUAACCCUGUAUUUUUGUAUAGAUGAUGAA